CUCGUUUUUCGACAAAGCCCCGUUUUCUUUCGCACGGUCCGGUGGUGCUGCGUGAUCUCUCUCGAAUUUUCCGUGAUUUCUGUGCGAUUUUCCAAUCGGUGAAUAUAAAUUAAAAUGGCAGCCAUCAGUCUGUUGAACCCGAAAGCCGAAUUCGCCCGUGCCGCCCAGGCAUUGGCCGUCAAUAUUGGCGCUGCCAAGGGCAUUCAGGAUGUGAUGAAGACCAACCUCGGCCCGAAAGGAACCAUGAAAAUGUUGGUCUCCGGUGCCGGCGAAAUCAAAAUCACCAAGGAUGGCAACGUUUUGCUUCACGAGAUGCAGAUUCAGCACCCGACGGCUUCGUUGAUUGCCCGUGCCAGUACGGCACAGGACGACAUGACCGGCGAUGGAACCACUUCCACCGUGCUGCUCAUUGGAGAGCUGCUGAAGCAGGCGGAUCUGUACAUUUCCGACGGAUUGCACCCACGUAUUCUGGCCGAAGGUUACGAUCAAGCUCGCCAGCAGGCACUGCAGAUUUUGGACCAGAUGUCCCAUCCAAUCGAGAUCAACCGGGAGGGUUUGUUGAGCAUUGCCCGUACUUCGCUGAGGACGAAGGUUCACCCACAGCUGGCGGAACUGUUGACCGAUGUUUGCGUCGAUGCGGUGCUGGCUAUCCGGACCGAUGGUAAACCGGUGGAUCUGCACAUGGUCGAAAUGAUGGAAAUGCAGCACAAGUCCGCUACCGAUACCCAGCUAGUUAAGGGUAUUGUGAUGGAUCACGGUUCGCGUCAUCCGGAUAUGCCGAAACGUCUGGAGAAUGCCUUCAUUCUGACGUGCAACGUGUCGAUGGAGUACGAAAAGAGCGAAGUCAAUUCGGGAUUCUUCUACAAGACUGCCGAAGAGCGUGAGAAAUUCGUCCUGGCGGAACGUGAGUUCAUCGAGGAACGUGUCAAGAAGGUUAUCGAGUUGAAACGCAAGGUUUGCGAAGGAACCGACAAGACCUUUGUCGUCAUCAACCAGAAGGGCAUUGAUCCAAUGUCGCUGGAUAUGCUGGCCAAGGAAGGAAUCAUGGCACUCCGUCGUGCCAAGCGUCGUAACAUGGAACGUCUGGCUUUGGCUUGCGGUGGAUUCGCCAUGAACUCGUUCGAUAACAUGGAUGAAUCGAAUCUAGGAUUCGCCGGGUUGGUCUACGAGCAUGUCCUUGGUGAGAACAAGUUCACCUUUGUCGAGGAAUGCAAAAACCCGCUCUCCGUGACGAUCUUGAUGAAGGGCCCGAACAAGUACACUCUGACCCAGAUCAAGGAUGCCGUCCGAGAUGGUUUGCGUUCGAUCAACAACGCCAUCGAUGACAAGAAGGUGGUCCCGGGAGCCGGUGCUUUCGAGAUCCGCUGUCACAACAAGCUGAAGGACCAUGCGAAGGACGUGAAAGGCAAGGUUCGUCUGGCCAUCCAGGCUUAUGCCGAUGCUCUGCUCGUAAUUCCCAAGGUUCUCGCUACCAACAGUGGCUACGAUGCACAGGACACCAUCGUUCGUCUGCAGGAGGAAAGCCGUCUGAGUGAAGAUCCGAUUGGGCUGGACCUGUCGACCGGAGAACCGAUGAAACCCAUUGACCUUGGUGUGUUCGAUAAUUACAUAGUAAAGAAGCAGAUCCUGAACUCCUGUACCGUCAUUGCAAGCAACCUGCUGCUGGUGGACGAGAUUAUGCGUGCCGGUAUGAGCAGUCUCAAGGGUUAAGGGAUGUGGCUCCAGUCGCUCCUUAUAACGUACGUUUAUUUCAUACCGUUUAUGGCACGGUGUUUUCGUCUACUCGUAACAUCUAGUUUAGCGCACUAAGCACGCUCGAGUUCUACUUGUCCUUACACAUUAACCAUUUAUUAAUCAUUUUUCACACCUACCAGGGAACGAACAAUAAAGCUUUCACAUGUUUAAUCGCUUGAAAA